UCCGCCAUACAUGAUUGAUUUCCCCUUCAUUUAUUUUCUCCAUGUACUUUUCGUCUCCUCAUAAUCCUCCCUUUCUCUUCGUCUCCUCCAUCCAGUCCCCCUACAUUGGAUCGAAGCCCCUCACAUUUACCAACAAUGGUAGUGCCGAUUCCCUUAAAAAAUGAUGGUUGUAUUCAUGGUGCGGUGCUGCUGCCGGAGAAGCCUUCGUAGUUCGUCGCCGCCAAAGACCCGCGCGAUGUUGCCGACCCGGGCCCCUGUGGUCACCAUGGUUAACCUUAGCCCCCACACCCCGUUGUCGGUGAAUCGAGCCUCGCUGGCCCAAACCCCGCUCCAGUGUAUGCGUCCUGCUCCAACAUCAAUUGUACUGAAGUUGUGCAGAUCGAGGGUUGGCAAGAUUGACUACAAUUCUCCAUGUGUUCUAUUGAUCGAGGGUUGGCAGAUCAGAGGUUCGGCUCCAAACUUAGGGAAAUCUGCUGCUGCAACAAGUCCUUCCGAGCUGAUGAUUCUCCGAUUAUGGAAGUACUCUGCCCUUUCUAGUCAAUGGACAUUGGCAAUGGCCGCCGUGGUUGGCUUCAACUACUGCGGGUUUGUGGUAUUCGAGCUGGCGACCACGAACCCGGACCUGGUCCGCUCCAUCGUCGUCUCUAGCAACGCCAUCAAGUACACUGGAGCCAUGAAGGACAAAUUGAUGCCCGAGUCGGUAGGCCAACUCAGGUUGCUGUUCUCCAACGCCGUGCACAUGAAGUCGUGAUUUCUGGGUCGCCUUCUCAAGGACUUUCUUAUGGUUAGUAUGUACACUACAUACUUUGCUCUCUCUUAGCCUCCCUUCUUUAUUUUUUCAGUUUUCUCCACUACUCUACUAAAUAGUGAGCAGUGACCCACGUGAAUGAUCGGCUCAAGUGGUAAUUUAUUAAUUCUUAGCCACACAGUAGCUCCUCAGUUUCUCAUACCACUCACAUCUCCUCACCUGCUGGAUAAGCACAAAAAGGAGUAAACGAAUAGUACCAAACAUUUGAAUAGAAGGAGACAGCCAACUGCGGAUAUCUUUGCCUAGCUGAGAGAAGGGGUUUGACAAGGAGGAUGCAGAUGAAGGAUUCAGAAUUGCGGCGAGGCAUUGGUUAAUUUUCUGUAAUCUUCUCUUUUUGUUGUGUUGGUUUUGCCUGAUGCGUGUCACCAUGUGUGGGCUCUCUGUGAUUUCCUGGUAUCACACGAUCGGGUGUGCAUGUGUUUUCCUGUUUUCCAUGCCCUACUUUGUAGCCGGGUAAUCCCAGCAAUGAUAUGCUAACUUUUCAAUUCAAUAUAAAAGUUGGCCCGUUGUUCUU